AUGAAAUUGCACUACAUUGAAGAAGCACAUGAACAAGAAAAAGAGGCUCUUCGAGUCCAAGUAGAAAGGGUUCGAGUAGAUGAAGAAAGAAUUAGUUUUGAAAUGGAAAGGCUUCGAAUUCAAAUGCUUAAAGAGGAUGAAAGAAUUGGGAUUGAAAAGGAAAGGCUUGUUGUGUCCAUGGGUUGCUCUUUGUUUCGCAAAUUGCUUUUUGAUGACUCAGAUGAGGAUGAGAUAAUGAAUAGACGUCUCAAGAGUUCAACAUCACAACGUAAACAUCGUCGAUAUAUUAGAUGUAAUCAUUUGGCAGUUAGAAUGCUUGCAUAUGGGGUAGUGACUGAUUUAAUGGAUGAAUAUGUGCAGAUUGGAGAAAGCGCUACAAUGGAAAGUUUGAAAAAAUUUGUUGCAACAGUGGUUGAUAUUUUCUCUGAGGAAUACUUGAGGUCGCCAAAUAAUGAAGACAUUGCUAAAUUGUUGGCCCAUGGUGAAAACCGUGGAUUUUCAGGGAUGCUAGGAAGCAUUGAUUGCAUGCAAUGGAAAUGGAAAAAUUGUCCAAUUGCAUAUAAAGGUCAAUUUAGUGGUUAUAUUCGUGUGCCAACCAUUAUUUUGGAAGCAGUGGCAUCAUAUGAUCUUUGUAUAUGGCAUGACUUUUUUUGGGUUACUUGGGUCAAAUAA